CCAGGCCCAGGCCCCGCGCAGAGCGGAGAGCCGCGGCGUUCCACCGGGCCCAACUCGCCGGCGCGGCGGGGGCGGGCCCAGGACCUUCGGCAGGUCCUCCGGGAGUCCACCGGGCGGGAGUCCCGGUACCCGGGAUCGGGUUGGGCCGGCGCCGAUGGCGAGCGCGGCCUGCCCGGGUCCCGGGGAUCCGGCCAUGUGAAGCAGGCCGGGGCUGGGGGCCCGGCCAUGGCCGGGGAACGGCCACCGCUGCGGGGCCCCGGGCCCGGAGAGGUUCCGGGGGAGGGGCCGGGGGGCGCAGGCGGAGGCCCGGGCCGGGGCCGGCCCUCCUCCUACCGGGCCCUCCGCAGCGCCGUGUCCAGCCUGGCGCGUGUGGACGAUUUCGACUGCGCAGAGAAGAUCGGGGCCGGUUUCUUCUCUGAGGUCUACAAGGUUCGGCACCGACAGUCGGGACAAGUCAUGGUGCUGAAGAUGAACAAGCUCCCCAGUAACCGGAGCAACACGCUUAGGGAGGUGCAGCUGAUGAACCGGCUCCGGCACCCUAACAUCCUCAGGUUCAUGGGGGUCUGUGUGCAUCAAGGGCAGCUGCACGCGCUUACAGAGUAUAUGAAUGGGGGCACCCUGGAACAGCUGCUCAGUUCCCCGGAACCCCUCUCCUGGCCGGUCAGGCUCCACCUAGCACUGGACAUUGCACAAGGCCUGCGGUACCUGCACGCCAAAGGUGUGUUCCACCGAGACCUCACAUCCAAGAACUGUCUGGUCCGAAGGGAAGACCGGGGCUUCACAGCUGUGGUGGGUGACUUCGGACUGGCUGAAAAGAUUCCUGUGUAUAGGGAAGGCUCAAGGAAGGAGCCACUGGCUGUGGUGGGCUCCCCGUACUGGAUGGCUCCAGAGGUGUUGCGGGGAGAGCUGUAUGAUGAGAAGGCCGAUGUCUUCGCCUUUGGGAUUGUCCUCUGUGAGCUCAUCGCCCGAGUGCCUGCAGACCCUGACUACCUACCCCGAACUGAGGACUUUGGCCUGGAUGUGCCUGCUUUUCAAACUCUGGUGGGAAAUGACUGUCCGCUCCCUUUCCUGCUUCUGGCCAUCCACUGCUGCAGCAUGGAACCCAGCACCCGUGCUCCUUUUACUGAGAUUACCCAGCACCUGGAACAGAUCCUGGAGCAGCUGCCUGAGCCCACACCCCUCGCCAAGACGCCCCUUGCCAAGGCUCCCUUGACAUACAAUCAGGGGUCUGUUCCAAGAGGAGGUCCCUCCGCCACGCUUCCCAGGCCAGACCCCCGGCUCUCCCGAAGCCGGUCAGACCUCUUCCUGCCACCUUCACCAGAAUCACCCCCCAGCUGGGGGGACAAUCUAACCCGAGUCAACCCCUUCUCACUGCGGGAAGACCUCAGGGGUGGCAAGAUCAAGCUCCUGGACACACCCUGCAAGCCGGCCACUCCACUGCCCCUGGUGCCACCAUCACCACUGACCUCGACCCAGCUGCCCUUGGUGACCACUCCAGACACCCUGGUCCAGCCUGAGACCCCUGUCCGCCGCUGUCGCUCACUACCUUCAUCCCCUGAGCUCCCCCGACGGAUGGAGACUGCACUGCCAGGUCCUGGCCCUUCCCCUGUGGGCCCCCCGACUGAGGAGAGGAUGGACUGUGAGGGCAGCAGCCCUGAGUCAGAGCCCCCGGGGCCAGCUCCCCCGGGGCCAGCUCCCCAGCUGCCUCUGGCUGUGGCCACUGACAACUUCAUCAGUACUUGUUCCUCAGCCUCCCAGCCCUGGUCUCCGAGAUCAGGCCCUUCCCUCAAUAAUAACCCCCCUGCUGUGGUGGUGAACUCCCCACAAGGCUGGGCUCGGGAGCCCUGGAACCGGGCACAGCACAGCCUUCCCCGGGCAGCAGCCCUGGAGCGGACAGAACCCUCACCGCCCCCGGCAGCUCCCCGGGAGCAGGAGGAGGGGCUGCCCUGCCCUGGCUGCUGCCUUAGCCCCUUCAGCUUCGGCUUCCUAUCCAUGUGCCCCCGCCCUACCCCAGCUGUUGCCCGCUACCGCAACUUGAACUGUGAGGCGGGCAGUCUUCUCUGCCACCGAGGGCAUCACGCCAAGCCACCCACACCCAGCCUGCAGCUGCCUGGGGCACGCUCUUAGCAGUGAGGCCUGUGAUCUCAGGCUUCCAGCCUUGGCCUUCAGGAUACCCUGUAAGGACAGAGCACACUUGCUAGACAAUGCCAGCCCCAGAUGGGCUGCCUGGCUCUUCUCCCCGUAUAGGGGAGCCUCAGCAUGGUCUCAGUGGACAGCGCACUUCCUAUCCGACCCCUGGGUUCACUAUCCCAUUGGGAUCACCGAACUAGACACAGCAUUGCUGACACAAGACUAACACGUGCAAAUUAUUUAAAAAUAUUUCAAUAAAACUGCCUGGCUGGCUCCGGGCCAUCCAUCCACUCAGCGGAGCGCCCUCCCCUGACCCAUCUCUAGUUUGGGAAGUUGUUAAGGAAGGUCAAAGUCUUUUUCUGGAGGCUUCUUUACUCUUCCCAAGAAUAGUCAGUUUCUGGAGCAGCUUUCAAGCAAGCAGCAGGUCGCCAGACCAGAAUCAGCCCUUAGCUGGGCACGCCCAAGAGUGAGGGAGUGCUGGAGGAAUAGCAGUCUUAAGAACUGGCAGGCCAUAGGUUAAGGAUGUAGAUCACAAGGUCUUGUUCAAGUGUCUGGAAAAAUAAAGCAUCAGUGAGCUCCAUU